AUGGAUCUGAUGGAAUUCCACCAUCUCAACGAAGUUCUGGCAGUCCUCACCUCCAUCGUACUGAACCUCACACUGAUGAGGUUGGCGUUGACCGAAAACGGGUCAUUUUUAAAGUUUUACCGCAAACUCAUCGUCCUGAACGCCUCCUCCGAACUUCUCGCAAAACUUCUGAUGGCGCUCAGUCAGCCGGUAAGUUACAGGAAAUUGCUAGCCAGCGUUUAUAAGCCGCAUCUCCGUUGCAGAUGUUCCAAUUCGCCGAUGGAGUGAACAUUUUUAUAGCGACCGGCCCGCUUCGACAUCUGCCGAUAAAUUACCACUACCAUUUGUUGCUGUUGUAUGCUAUGGGAGUUGGGAUUGGGUUCUUGACGAUACCGCUCGACUUUUUGUACCGAUACUACGUGGUGUGUCUGUGAGUUUUUUUCGGACCACUUUGUACGGCGGGUUUUGCCGCGCACGCGAUUACUACUAUUGUAUUAGGUCGUGUCAAGACUUGACUAUGAGUCGUGAUGUAAGGCCCGCUUGACUCGCCCGCUACUACUAGUAGUCCCUACCUAACUCUAGCAAGAAAAGGUGGACUCACGCUGUUGAUUCCAAAUAGUUUCCACCACCGCUCUUAUCACCAAGGAACUUCCAAAUGAUCACAAAUUAUUUAUUCACCACGGAAAAAAGUCUGGCCGAAAAGCGGUCGAUCCAUUACAUUUAUAUCAAAAUAUUCGCGUUUAUGCUAAUUUCUGGGAAUUCUUCACGGAAUCGUGACAGCCGGGGACUAAGUUCGCCGAGUUUCUUUUCUGCUUUGUUUUGCAAGGAUUGUUUGUUGUUUGGCAAAAGUAUAGCUGGGCAUCAUAGAGCCCCUUGUUGACCGUGGCGUUCUUUUCAAGCAUUUCCCAAUGCACCAUGUGUAUUUUGACUGUCCCUGUGGAGCCGCCCACUGCAGGAGACAGUCAACACUUUGCUUCAUAUUGACGUACGGACACUAUUUCCCACCUCCCAUGAAGAUUCGUACCAAAGCGCUGUUUGUGUCCACGUACUGCUCGGCGAAAAAGCAGUUGUCGAAAACGCAAAAUUUUUGUCUCCUAGAUGGUUCACUUUUGAGCCCAAAAAAUAAUGAAAAAUCAAAGUUUCAAAAAAAUCUAAAAACACACUUUUGUAGAGGGGAAAGAGCUCUUUCGAAUGAAUAUAUGCACUUUGCCAAACAACAAACAAUCGUUGUAAAACAAAGCAAUAAAAAAACUCGAAAUCUUACACUUCCCUUGCGAGCCUCUUCCUCUGUUAUCUGCGUAUUCUACUUUUUUUCAGCGAAAGAAACGUGGAAUCACAUCAAGUUCUUCUGUGGGUUCUGAUCGCUUACGUGCUGGCGGCAUGGGAUGCAGUCUUCAUGACGCUGGGAUUCGUGCAUUUAUCCCCCAAAGCGAUCGAUUACAAGCCGUCAUUUGCGUUUCUGAACGAGUCAAUGUGGCGGGAGAAUGGUCGAAGAAUGACUUUUAUCGUGGGGACUAUUGUAAGCGUGUAUAAAUGGCUCGGGAUUUGAAAAUCUUUGAGAGUCCAGAAAAUGUGUCAUGAUGACACCUGUUUAAAAUGUAUCUGUGGCAUAAGCAACGGUUGUAUUUAGUGUAUAUGACUAGGAGUACGCCGUAGAGUGCCCACAAUAAAAUUUAGGCUCAAAACUUUUGCAAUGCGCAAUUUGGAUGACGGAUUUUCUGGAUUUUUGAGAUUUUUCCGCUCCAAACUUUUUCAAUAUCCGAAAAUUUUUUACAUGCUCUAGAGAGUAGUCCUAGCCAUACACAGCCAUUGUUUAUAUCACUGGCACAUUUUAAAUCAAUGUCAUCGUGACACAUUUUCUGGACAUACAAUGAUUUAUAGCUGCAUCGUGCACAAAAUCCCUUUGCAAUGCUCAAAAAUUUUUUGGCAUGAUCUAGGAUAUUUUCCUAGCCAUACACAGCCAUUGUUUACAUCGCUGGCACAGUUUAGAGAUAUGUCAUCGUGACAUAUUUUCUGGAAGCACAAAGAUUUAUAUGUCCCGAGGGAUAUAUCACCUGUCUAUUCUAGAAUUUCAUAAUCUUCGAUUUCAGGAAAACCCCUACUCGCUGACAUUCGUAAUAUCCGCGAGUCUGUACGUCACUGCCGAGUACAUUUCCAUCUUCAUCUUGAGUCAUCGAAUAAUGAAAAAGUUGGCCGAAAGGAGGCACUUAAUGUCGGCAAAAACGCUGGAAAUGCAAAGAGGAAUGAACAAAAUGUUGUUGUCACAGGUAUGCCUGUCUUUUUUGAACGUUUGGUAUAUCCGCCAUCGUCUAAAAGUUCCCAUUUUUCAGGCGCUGGUUCCACUUUUCACCGGCUUAUUCCCAAUUCUGGGAAUGACCUCAACCCUUCUUCUGCGCCUCAGCGAUCACCGAAUUGGCAUUGUCGUGUCGUCGAUGAUGGCGUGGCUGCCGUCCGCCAGCCCCAUCUGCACGAUCUGGUUCAUUGGCUCAUUCCGUCAACGGGUUUUUCCGUUUUGGCGGAGUAGCAGAUCGAGCCACGUCUCAGCGAUCGGGAUUACGGAGAUUGCGCCGCCUGCUGCCAAAUAA